AUGACGUCUUCGAAGGACAAGGGUAAGAGAAAGCUACCGAUGGAUCAAGGUACCACACAAAACUACAAGUUGAGGUUUUUGAAGCCAGUAAUAAGGCCAUCAAUGUUCAAACUGUCAUUACCUAUAACUCCGGAUGAGCUCCCAAACCGUAUCCCGUACCUGGACCUGGUUGUGCCUGACGGAAGGAAUAACCCCUUUCGGUCGCAACUCCAAAGUGGCAAAAUUGCAUUGACUCGUGGCUGGCAGGAGUUCUACCAGAUGUACAAAAUCAAUCUGGACUCCUUGCUCUAUUUCACACACAAACGAAACUCCAAUUUCCAAGUCCGGAUAUUUGAUUUUUGUGGCAUUGAGAAUUCAUACCAACUCCGUGAUCCUGAAGAACCACCAUAUGUAAGGACUGGUGACUAUCAAAUUGCAAAGUGUAUCAACAUCCCUCCUUCAGCCAAUGCUAAAGCCGUUGCCGCUAAGCCGAAUGUCCCUCAUCUCAGUCACUUCACUGGUCAGAGGCACCCUAUCAUCCUUACACACGGCCACAUAGAGGUCGAAGCUACAUAUAUAAGGUACAGUGGAAAAAGGGACGGUAGCUUUGGCGUUAUUUCUGGAGGAUGGGAGAACUUUGCUUCAUUGUGCAACUUCAAGCCAGGUGGUGUGGGGAUCUUCGAGGUGAUAUCCACUGAGCCAGUGACGAUCAUGCAGGUUCGAUGCAGAUAG